AGCCUCUGCUGCCGACGCCGCCGCCGCGCUCCCGCCUCCUGUCGGUUCCCGGGCUCCCGCAGCGGCUGCAGUUCUGGCAGCCGAGCCCCCGCGGUGCUGCAGCCCAGCUUUAGCGCGCAGACCGACCCGCGCCCCUUCCUCGCCGCCGGCAGCCUCUAAUCCACGCGCCGCGCUGCGGCAGGUGCCCUGGGCGCACCGAGGCUCGGUGGCCUGAGCCCGGCCGCCAUCGAUGACCCCGGUCGCAGACCUGCUUCAGGCUGGCCAACCCGUACAACACCGAGAUGAACAUCCUGGUACAUAUGUCUUGGCACAUUUUUUCAACUCUUGAAGAAAAUUCUUAUGCAGAUUGAAAUGGCUGGGUCUUGUUUCACCUGUGUUGAGUAACCAUGGGGAGGAAGCUGGACCUGUCUGGUUUGACUGAUGAUGAAACAGAGCAUGUUCUUCAGGUGGUUCAGAGAGACUUCAAUCUUCGCAAAAAAGAAGAAGAACGACUAAGUGAGCUGAAGCAGAAGCUGGAUGAGGAAGGCAGCAAGUGCAGCAUCCUCUCGAAGCACCAGCAGUUCGUGGAGCACUGCUGCAUGCGCUGCUGCUCGCCCUUCACCUUCCUUGUCAACACCAAGCGCCAGUGCGGAGAUUGCAAGUUCAAUGUCUGCAAGAGCUGCUGCUCCUACCAGAAGCACGAAAAAGCCUGGGUCUGCUGCGUCUGCCAGCAAGCGAGGCUUCUGAGGGCCCAGUCUCUGGAAUGGUUCUACAAUAAUGUGAAGAGCCGCUUCAAGCGCUUUGGCAGUGCCAAGGUUCUGAAGAACCUGUACAGGAAGCACCGGCUGGAGAGUGGUGCGUGCUUCGACAUUCUAGGAGGAAGCCUUUUUGAGUCAAACCUGGAGCAUGAAGGAAGCAUUUCUGGCAGUGAUUCAACAUUUUAUAGGCAGUCAGAAGGACAUAGUGUGAUGGACACCUUGGCUGUGGCCCUACGGGUGGCUGAAGAGGCCAUUGAGGAAGCAAUUUCCAAAGCAGAAGCAUAUGGGGACAGCCUGGACAAGCAAAACGAAGCCAGUUACCUGCGGGACCACAAGGAGGAGCUAACUGAGGAACUGGCCACGACAAUCUUGCAGAAGAUUAUACGAAAACAGAAGAGCAAAAGUGAGCAGCAAGUGGAAGAAGAGCCAGGAUGGCCACAUCCCCAGAGUGGCAGCACAAAAGUGGCAGAUGAAGGGACCUCAGCAUCCCCUGGAGGCCACCGCACUCCUGCUGCCCUCUGGCGGUCCCAGUCUGCCUUCUCAGUCACUGGAGAAGAAGCCCUGAAGACCCCUCCAGCAGAGGCUGCAUCGAGGCAGCCAAGGGACCAAGGCCAACACCCAAGAGCAGAGUCUGCUCUGCCCAGCUGGAAGAGCGUGGACAGGCUGGAUGAAACAAACCUGGCCCCAGUUUUGCAGAGCCCCGACGGGAACUGGGUGGCCCUGAAGGACGGCGCUCCGCCCCCUACCCGACUACUGGCCAAACCUAAGAGCGGGACAUUUCAGGCCCUGGAGGUGGCCUCCAGUGUGGCAUCUGCCUACGAUGAGAUGGGCUCCGAUAGCGAGGAAGACUUUGACUGGAGUGAGGCCUUGAGCAAGCUGUGUCCCAGGUCCCAGGGCCUCCCCAGGAACCCCCAGCCUCAGCCCACACAGGCCCAGAGCACUGACCAAGGCCCCAUAGCUGCCUCCCCAUCCUCCGCAAUCUCCCCCAACCCUGAGGCCAUGUGCUCUGACUCGGAGACCUCCUCCGCGGGCUCUUCCCGAGAAGUUGGGCACCAGGCCAGGCUGUCCUGGUUGCAGAGGAAGGCCCCCAGGAACCCUGCAGCCGAGAAGAUGCGCCUGCAGGGAGAACUGGAUGUGAACUUCAACCCCCAGGUGACCAGCAGGGAGACCUCAGACAGCAGCGAGCCGGAGGAGGCCCCCCACACCACAGACCGGCGGGCCAGGAGGUGGAGAAGAGCCCGACUGGGCUCAGAAGAGCCAAGCAAAGCACCAUCUUCCCCCAGCGCCCAGCUCCAGGAUCUGGACACACGUCAGGUGUCGGAUGAUUUAUCAGAGACAGACAUCAGCAAUGAGGCUCGGGACCCCCGGACUCCCAUAAACACCACAGAGGAGAAACGGAGAAACAGGCUGUACGAGUUAGCAAUGAAAAUGAGUGAAAAGGAGACUUCUUCAGGGGAGGAUCAGGAGUCUGAGCCCAAGACAGAAUCUGAGAACCAGAAGGAAAGUCUGUCCUCUGAAGACAACAGCCAGAGCGUCCAGGACGAGCUGAAGAAGAAGUUUUCUGCUGUUUCUCUCUGCAACAUCUCCACAGAAGUCCUGAAAGUCAUCAAUGCCACAGAGGAGUUGAUAGCAGGAUCUACAGGGCCCUGGGAGUCCCCACAAGUCCCUCCUGACAGAGAGAAGGGGACGUUUCCUCGUGGGACAGACCAAGUGAGACUGGAUGAGCAGCUGACUUCCCUGGAAGAAAAUGUAUACCUGGCAGCAGGCACUGUGUAUGGACUGGAGAGCCAGCUGACUGAGCUGGAAGAUGCCGCCCGCUGCAUCCACAGCGGCACUGAUGAGACCCAUCUGGCGGAUCUGGAGGACCAGGUGGCCACGGCUGCAGCCCAAGUCCACCAUGCUGAACUCCAGAUUUCUGAUAUCGAGAGCCGGAUUUCAGCCUUGACCAUUGCAGGAUUAAACAUAGCACCAUGUGUGCGCCUCACAAGAAGACGGGAUCAGAAGCAAAGGACCCAGGUACAAACCAUAGAUACAUCAAGGCAGCAAAGGAGGAAACUGCCUGCUCCACCAGUGAAAGCUGAAAAAAUUGAGACAUCUUCAGUGACGACCAUUAAAACAUUUAACCGCAACUUCAUUCUCCAAGGCUCCUCAACAAACAGGACUAAGGAAAGGAAAGGCACCACCAAGGAUUUGAUGUCUUCGCAAGUGGCUGAUGAGAGUGUGUUCAAUGUCUCACCUCAGGAGCCUGCUCUGGAGUCAGCUGUGAUGUACUGACACCAUGGAAUUCCACUGCCAGUGACUCACUGCCUCCGGCCGUACACGACAGUGCCUUGACCCAACAGCCAUCGAGUACUGUAUGGAUUUCCACCUGAGGAGAAGGCCUGGGGAGGCCACAGUGCACCAUUGCACAGGGCUGUCCUGAUACCUCAUCCAGAAAGCCGUCUCAGACUUCAGCAUUGCGGUCUUGCCCACUCUCUGCCUUAGGCUCCCAGGGGAAUCCAAGACAGAAAACCAAGACACUGGCUUCCAACAGCAGAGCUCCAUGUUUAAGAUACAUAUUUUCCCUGUUUGCUUUGCUACUGUGUGUUGACUUUAAGAUCUUUUUUUUUUAUCCCUUUGAUUCAGCUAGUAUUCCAUGUCAACAAUUUUUCCAAAAGAAAACUGUUGGAGGGGGGUGGAGGGAGGAAGGUGGGAAUUAUUAUUUAAUCCAUCAUUAAUGCUUAUUAAUCUCUCACAGCAUCUUUGUCUUGCAAAUCCUGAGGGAAAAGCAAGUCCAUGCAGUGAACACUAGGGACAGUCUAAUUUGGGGAUUGCUCAACCGUCAAGACUGCAGGUCUCCCUUCAGCCACCUCCUUCCUACUAAAAUCUCAGCCUACCACACUACCAGUCAUUCCCAUUGCUUUGCAAUCACAAGCCACAGGAUGAGAAGUUCUGACUCACUCAUGCCAUGCCCAGGUCUAUCUGAAACAGUGUCUCAUUAAGAAUUUAGGGUUCUUCCAUGGGCUUACUGACAGUUUCCCAAAACUGAAGGGGAAAGGGGCUUGAGAAAGACCAUCAUUAGCUCAACUUCAGGGCACUGUCCAGAAUCAACAUGAUGUGGUUUAGCAAUGAUCACAUCUAAACAAAGUUUAGGUAAAUGAAUUACCACAGAGAAAGACCACAUGAGAAAAAUUUUGUCCUCCAAAUUUACUUCCCAAUAAAUAUUCAGCAAAGUAGUAAAAUGACCUUAAAGAUAAAAAUGAUUAGGGAAUAGCCUUAGAUAAUUUAUAGGUAUAAAAAAUUCAAGGACAAACUGUGCAUUUAAUGGACACAAGAGUUGACUCUAACUCCAUGUCUGUGGUUUCUUUGAACCCAUAUCGAAUGCAUGACUAUUUAGAGUGUUUAUAAAAGCAAAUGGAACUGAACUUUCACUCAAUUAAUUGGGCACUAACAACCUUUUUUUAUGUUUGUUCCUGAUACAGUCUGAAUCUUAGGAAGGUAAAAGAAAGGAGGCAAGAGAAGAGUUAUGAUGAAUGUGUGUUAAGUGCCUGCUCUGAAGGAGGCAAUGUUCUUCUCCUUUUAAUCCUUACGGCAACCUUAUUCAAUAAGUUUUCCCAUGUUUCAAAUUUAAUAACUGAAGGCCAGAGAGAUUAAUUUGCCAAAGCCACACCUUUAUGCUAAUUAUGAUUGGAAUGCAUCACAAAAGCCUAACUCUGUUGUUUUCAACCUCUACGUUUUUUUACUGCUAUGUGCAUUUCCAGAUCUGAUUUUCUGCUGAUUUGUGUGCUAUGAUCCACUCCUGAUGGGGGUCUACGUUAUCUUCCAAUAAUACUCCUUGCUGAUGCUGUGUUAUGUGUCAUCUAACAGAAAUGACUCCUUUGAAAUAAGUAAAUCUUCGGCUUUUUGUUCUGUUGGUGUGAUUCAAAGCAAAACAAAAACAAAUUUUAAAAACACAACAAAAAAAGAUUUGACUUCCAAAUAGAACGUUUUCUUUAACAGGCAUGAAAAGCAACUAUUGUUGUGUUACAGUGUUAAAAAUAUUCAGUUUUCUUUGACAAAAAUGUGUACUGUGUAAGCCUUGCAAACAAAAAAAACAACAAAAAAGAAGAAGAAGCAGCCUGCUGUGUGGCAUUUGAACUUUUAUAAAGGUUUCCUUGUGCCAAAUAAGUGCAAAGAUUUAAUUUACUAUUAAAAACCAUAAGCAUAUGUUAUAGUUCCAGAAGAAUUAUUUUGUCAUCAAGUGAUUUUGAUCUUUAGUGUCAAUAUUUAUAUUUAGAUUAAUUUUUAUAAAUGAAAAUAUUUUAAUGGUUUAAGAAAAUGAGGACAACAGGAUAAUAUCUUUGAUGACUUCUGAAAGUUAUGCUUCCCUUCAUGUUAUAUGCACAUUGCCAAGAAUUACUGUCAAGAGAAAUGAUAAGUAAAAGUCAUUUAUGAAAA